AUGGCAGAGUUAGAAGAAGGGGUGUUUUUGGAGGUUGAUCAACUGUUAACUGAAGAAGAACUAGCAGAGCUUUACUAUGACUAUGAAGAACACAUGCAAGAUUAUGGCUUGUAUGAUGAUUCUGAUGAUGAAGUAAUGGAUGAACAGGGGCAGCAAGACAAUGAUCAACAAGCACAACAACAAACAGAAGAUCAAGACCCUACAUUUGAUGAUAUAGACCAUGUCAUCCACAUAGCUGAGAAAUGGUUUUAUCUUAAUCCAGAUAAAAGGAGAUUUUAUCUCCUUCCAAGUGAGGAAGACCCACACAGAGUUCAACAGUCAAGAAGAUUCAAACUAAAGGCAAUGUUUAUGGCAGUAGUGGGAAAGCCAUUGUAUGGGAGAAAUGGGGAGCUACUACAUGAUGGGAAAUAUGGCAUGUUUCCUUUCACAGUCAAAGAGCAAGCAAAAAAAUCAAGCAAAAACAGGCCUGUAGGAACAUGGGAGACCAAGGCAAUACAAAAUGUGAACAGGGAGGUCAUUAGAGAAAUGUUGCUCACAAAAGUAAUACCACCAGUCAUCUCAAAAUGGCCACAAAGUCUAAGAAAAAAUGUCACAAUACAAUGGGACAAUGCAAGAACACACCAGAUACCCAAAGAUCAAGAAUUCAUUGAAGCUACUACAGCAAAUGGGUUCAACAUUCAACUGGUGUUUCAGCCACCUCAGUCACCAGACUUGAAUGUGCUAGACUUAGGAUUGUUCAGGUCUAUUCAGUCACUGCAGUACCAACCAUUUCCUAGCAACUUGGAUGAGCUAGUGGACAAGGUCAUUGAGUCUUAUGACACAUUCAAACCAGAGGUGAACAAGUACAUUUGGAUCACUUUGCAAAAAUGCAUGAUCAUGAUACUGCAAGCAGAGGGGGGUAACAAGUACAAAAUUCCUCAUAUGAACAAAAAAAAGCUUGAGAAUUUGGGCAUUUUGCCAGACAAGGUGGAGGUGCAAAGGGACAUAGUGCUGGGAAGUGUAGAGUACCUAAACACAAUGUUUAGGCCAACCACUCAAGGGACUCAAGAUGCAGCAGAAGAUAUGGAAGUGGAUGCAGAUUAG